AUGAACAGGAAGAGACUUGAGGCUAUCAAACGGCUUCAAGAAGCGGAGAUUGUGCUAAAUGGGAUAGCGGAGGCCGAAAGAGAAAAAGAUGUUGCUUACUUUGAGGACAAAUGGAUGGAGCAAAGGACCGGUCAGCUGGAUGUGAUGACUGAGACUCAGAAAGAAAAGAGAGAGCGUCUCAAUGUAAUGCUGGGGUUAGAAGAGGAAUUGAUUCAGGCUCGUCCUGGUUGUAUCUUUCUUUGCAGAGAUCGGCUCAAGGCAAUUCAACUUCAAGCUCGAAGAGCAAGAACCCAGGCUGAUAGGUUUGAUCUUAUGUCGCUGCCGGCCACAGUGGCCAACCUCGAAGAGCAAAUCGAAGCGAUGGCCACAGCCCUUGGCGGUGCUGAAUUUCAAGAGCUUGCCGGCGCAGUCCGCAAUCAAGAAACAGCAGUGCUGGGCUUAUCAAUAGCGCGCGCAAAUCUCUAUGAAGCCAAAGUUGGCCUAGUUGAAGCCAGGAUGCGUCGCCAUCGGCACACUGGAACCCGGGAACAACAACAUCUGGCUCGGCAUCUGGGUGAUAAGACAAAACUGGUUCGUGUCAAGUACAAUACAUAUGCGAGGCAAGUUGGCAAAUACGAAAACGAUUACCCCGACGCUGUGCAACCCGCAUUGCCCGAUCUUGCAACGGUCAUGGCCAUGGAGAUGGACGAUGUGUUCUGGAAUCGUGGCGAGCUUGGUCUCCAAGAUGGUGAUACAGACAGAGACGGUAUCAACAGUUUCUUAUCCCGACGGAGCGCUUGCGAGGAGCUAAGACGCAUUGCUAGGGAAGCGAGGCAAAUGACUGGAUGGGCCAAUGCUUACUAUGAUCGCAUCCUUGCGCUGGGAAGGAAGGUUAAUGAGGCGGUGGGAGCGGUCCGAAGUAGGUUGGUAUCUAUUUAUAGCAUUGUCAAAAAAAAUGCAUGCAAGCUAUGGAAACAAUGGAGCCGUGAUCUCCCACAGCUCGUCCGCGAAACCGCUGCCUAUCUUGAGGCACAUCAGCUACAAGACGAAAUAUUGAUACAUGGAUUUGAAAGGGUAACCGCUUGGGCGGAUCAAGAAUGGAAAAUGAUGGCUGGAAAGCCGAUAAUCCAAGCUGAGGAGCCAGACUUCUAUGAGCAGGCAGAAGAGUUGGAGUACGAACGUUUGUAUGACAUGAAUGGUGAAAUGUUGAGAUAG